ACAGAGUAUGUGGGUGAAAGUUCUUAUUUAACUCAAACAAGAUGGCACCCCAAGAGCGAACUCCUUGCUGUGACGACUCCCGCCAAAGCGGUGACAUAGAUAAACCAAGCAUAGACAAUUUUAAUAAAUCUGAAAGUACAAAUGUCACAGAUAAGCGGAAAGCCACAGAUUUCGACGAUCUAUUGCCAUAUAUAGGCGAAUUCGGUUUAUAUCAAAAAAUAUUGUUCUUAUUGAUGAUUCCGUUCGCAUUUUUCGUCGCUUUCGUGUAUUUUUCGCAAAUAUUCAUGACAAUUGUCCCUGAACAGCAUUGGUGCUGGAUACCGGAGCUAGCGAAUUUGACAGUUGAAGAACGCCGAGCCCUAGCAAUACCAGCUAAAAUCGGGGGUCAAUUCUCACAUGACAGGUGUCAAAUGUAUUCAACUAACUGGUCACUUGCGCUGGCGCAAGGAAGAACCACACCCGAUGAUGAAUGGCCCAUAGUGCCAUGUGUCACCUGGGAGUAUAACAGGACAGAUGUGCCAUACGAAACUAUUGCAUCCCAGCUUGACUGGGUGUGCGACAAAGACAACCUAGCAGCUACAGCUCAGGCCAUCUUUUUCUGCGGGGCGAUCGUCGGCGGUCUUGUCUUCGGAUGGAUCGCUGAUAAAUAUGGAAGGAUACCGGCUUUAGUUGGGACAAAUAUGAUGGGUUUUGCCGCCGGCGUGGGAACUGCCUUCUGUCAUAGUUUUUGGUCCUUCGUGCUCUGUCGGUUUUUCGUUGGGCUGGCAUUUGAUAAUUGUUUUACCAUGAUGUACAUUUUAGUUUUAGAAUACGUAGGACCAAAAUGGCGUACAUUCGUUGCCAACAUGUCCAUAGCUAUAUUCUUCACUUUUGGUGCAUCAAUUCUGCCCUGGCUCGCCUUGUGGGCAGGCGAUUGGAGGAGAUAUGCGUUAGGAAUAAGUCUGCCAUUUAUAUUCGCUGCUGCUACGCCUUGGGUAGUUCCAGAAAGUGCGAGAUGGCUAUUAUCACAAGGCAAAGUUGACAAGGCUCUGAUAAUUAUGAAGAAAUUUGAGAGGAUUAAUAAAAGACAAAUUCCUGAUAAAAUACUCAAUGAAUUUACUGAAGCCUCACAACAAGCCCUCAAAGAUUCUGAAGCCCAAAAGACCUAUUCAGUCCUGGACAUCUUCAAAACCCCUCGACUCAGGCGUAACGCGAUCCUCCUCAUCAUUAUCUGGAUGGGGAUAUCACUAGUCUUCGACGGACAUGUCAGGAAUGUUGGAUCUUUGGGUCUGGAUAUAUUCAUGACUUUCACAGUGGCGACAGCAACGGAAUUCCCAGCGGAUACGUUUUUGACACUCGUGUUGGAUCGAUGGGGUAGACGUUGGCUAGCUUGUGGUUCAAUGGUCAUCAGUGGUAUUUUCAGUCUACUCGCAACAACUGUACCAGUUGGCGGUCCCUCAGCAUCAUUAGCUAUUUUGGGACGAUUUGCAAUAAAUAUAUCGUACAACAUUGGUCUUCAAUACGCCGCAGAGUUACUUCCCACGGUUGUACGAGCCCAGGGCGUGGCUUUGAUACAUAUAAUGGGUUAUGUAGCAUCUAUAUUGGCACCUUUCGUUGUUUACUUGGCUACGAUAUCCCCGGAACUACCUCUCUUAAUUCUAGGGGUUUUGGGUAUUUUUGGUGGGUUCCUUUGCCUCCUACUGCCAGAGACUAUGGACACGGAGUUGCCGCAAACUCUGGCGGACGGAGAAGAAUUUGGAAAAGACCAGAGGUUCUGGGAUAACCCUUGUUUCCCCAGGAAAAAAGAGAUUCCAGUACAAAGAUUAGAGGCCCCUCAAGAGAGCUUUGUGAGGCCCCUCCCAGGAAUAGGUUCGCGGGCCUCCAUCAGAGCAUCCAUUCGUCUGUCAGCUAGAUCUAAACGUAAUGAUAAUAUCUCUUAA